AUGUGUGAAUUCGUUAAAAGUGAAAAGAAUACAGACCUGCUAAUUUUUAAAGGCUAUUUAUACAAAUUAGAACGCACAACUAAUGAAAAAACAAUUUGGCGCUGUAUUGAAAAUAAUAGUAAAAAAUGUCCGGGUCGAGUACAUGUAGAAAAGGGAGAAGUAACAAAAGAAAGUAAGCGUGAACAUAACCAUCGGCCGGGUCGUUCAAAAAUUGAAGCAAAACAGGCUAUUGAAAAUAUGAAAAAAAUAGCAAAAGAAACAGAGCUGAGUUCACAAGUAGUUUUGAGUACUAUGUCGAAAGAGAUAACUGAAUCUGUCGCAAGUAAAUUACCUGGAAUUUCUUCAAUGAAAAAAACGAUACAACGUAUUCGUCAAAAAGAAAUUAUGGCACCAGCAAAUCCUAGAACAUUAGAUGAGCUAGUAAUUCCUGCGGAGUACAAAACAAUAACAAUUGAUGGUAAGCCAUUUUUGUUAUAUGACAGUAACGAUGAAAAAUCAGAUGGUACAUUCUCUAGUGCACCAUCUAUUUUUUUACCAACUAAAUACCAUUCAUGGUAUACAAUACAGUAA